AUGCGGAUUCGCUUGAGCUGGGAGACGUUUGGCAGGCUUCUUCGAGUUUUCACUUCGAAGACAAAAGUCUUCGAACAAUGCAUCCUGCCCGUUUUAAUAUACGGUGCCGAGACGUGGACACUGACGAGGGCACUAGUGCACAAGUUUAAAGUCGCUCAAAGUGCAAUGGAACAGGCUAUACUUGGAGUAUUUUUAAAGAUAGGAUCAGAAAUGAAACUAUCCGCCGGAGAACGAGUUGAAGUGGCAGUGGGUUGGACACCUGCGUCGCAGGAUCGAUGGCCACUGAAGCAGACCUGGAGUUUAUACCGCGUGUUGGCCCUCCGGUCUGCUCGACAGACGAUCUUCGUAAGAUUGCCAGUGGCAGCUGGAUGA